CGUUUUUGCAUGCAAGGAUCGGAGACGUGUCAAUACCCGAAUUGACUCUCUACCUGACGCGAGCAAAAUCUACAGUCGAAGAUGAAUCUUCUUCAAAGAAGAAUCGGAGGUGCAUGGUUCUUCACGAUGAUCGUUUUGGCGUUUGUAUCGAAAAUUGAAAGCUUAACCGCUGACGAGAAGGAUCAAAUGGAGAAAGGCUUGACUGCUGGGAAGGAAAUACUUGGGUACAUUAAAGAUAGAAAAUUUACUCAAACUAUGACAAUAUUAGCUGAUUCAGCCAGCCAAUUUUUGGGUGCAUUGGGGCCAUUUGUUAGUUUUGUAAUGACCUUUGUUUCGGGUGAUUCUGCUGAGCUAACCUACAUGAAAGAAAUGAUGAAAGAAAUUGAUAGACGAUUUGGUAUGGUCGACUCGAAGCUUGAAGAUAUCCAAGCAUUGAUUGAAUGGUCAAACUUUGAAAGGAGUCUCCGACAAAUCGAACUAAAUGUUCAAACGAUGGACAGAAUAUACAAAAACUUUUAUGAAUUUGAAGGAUUGGCUUCAGAUAAAAAGCGUGAUUUUAGCAUUUCAUAUGAAUCAUCAUAUGAUCUCAGUGGAUCAAAAUUAUAUGAGCUGGCUGUUAAAGAAAGUUCGUUUACCGACAGUCUCAGCGUAGCAAUUAUGAAAAAAACAAAAUACGACCGCAAACAGACAAACGAUUAUCUUCUUGGGAUUCUCAAGAUCAUCUUGCAAGGUAUGCGAAUUGAACUUGCCUAUUCCGAAAUGCAAUAUGGCGGAACAUUUUAUAAUUCACAGCGAAAAGAAUGGGAAAGGAGGAUUGUCGUAGUAUCUGAAAAAUUCAAAGAGAUUGAUGACACUGUAACAAAAGCGUUCCUCGAGCAGUCAAAAAAGGACACCAAAAAAAUUGCUCUUGACAACCGGCCUAAUUCCAUGGGUAACUUAGAUUUUAGCGUCAAGGUGUGUAAUAAGUUAAAAGAAAAGUAUUACUGGCGAGAUUGGUUUUGUGCAGUAUGGGAUGACGAUGUUUCUUCAAACGAAUUCAGUUACACAUUGUGUGGAGGCUUUUUUCUUCGUUGGGAGUAUGGACGCAACAUCCUUGUGUCUAGCCGAGACAAAACUGCUCCAAGAAUGAACGUAGCCAAUGCUAAGGCAGAGUUGAACAAGUUUGAGUUUAUACUUUAUGUGGGUAUUAGGUAUGAUGGUACAAAGAUAAUCAAAGAUUUCUCGAAAGCCAAUCCAAUUUUUGACGUAAUAAACGUAAAUAAUGCAUGUUGUAUCGCUGUUAUUAAAAAGCAUGCUAAUACUUACUGGCAUAAGUCAGAUUACACUCGACUUGCAACUAAAGACUUGUACUAUUCCUGGUGGCUUGUUAUAUUUGGUUAAACAGUUGAAAAAAUUUAUGUAACAAAAACUUCAAAUAGUUCUUUGAAAAAUUAUCGGACAAAUAAUGAGGUCAACAAUGACAAUAUAGAUUAAGGAUGCUGAUCAAAUAAAAUUAUAUAUUUUUAGUAUUUCUGUAGAAUCUCCACAUAAUCAUAUUUUUGGGCUGCUUCACAUUCGGACAUUAAAUGCUUUUUAACUAUUGCAACGGUUUAUGCAUUUGACCAUCGCUGUGUUUUACGGAUAUGAACAUUGCUACGUUUUACGAAAAUUAGCAUUGCUAUGUUUACGGAUAUGACCCUCGCUACUUUUUACGGAUAUGACCCUCGCUACGUUUUGCGAAUAUGAUCAUUGCUAUGUUUACGGAUAUGACCCUCGCUAC